GUCUUGACAACAUUUCUCAGAAUAAAGUUGCAGCCUUGCUUCUAGCGGGGGGCCAGGGAACAAGGCUGGGAGUACCGUACCCCAAAGGCAUGUACGACGUGGGACUGCCGUCCCACAAAACCCUUUUUCAGAUCCAGGCUGAGCGCAUUCUGAAGCUGCAGCAUCUGGCUGAGCAGAAGAACAAAGUCAAGUGUUGUAUUCCCUGGUACAUCAUGACCAGUGGCAGGACGAUGGAAUCGACUGAGAAGUUUUUCUCCCAGCACAACUACUUUGGUUUGGAGAAGAACAAUGUGGUGUUCUUUCAGCAGGGCAUGCUGCCAGCAAUGGACUAUGAUGGCAAGAUCAUCCUAGAGAGCAAAGGGAAGCUCUCCAUGGCUCCUGAUGGUAAUGGGGGUCUUUACAGAUCACUUGGGAAUCAGGGCAUCUUGGACGACAUGGAGCGAAGGGGAAUCCAGCUCAUUCAUGUUUACUGUGUUGACAACAUCCUGGUGAAAGUAGCUGAUCCAGCUUUUGUUGGGUUUUGUGUGCAGAAGGGAGCAGACUGUGGAGCUAAGGUGGUGGAGAAAACCAAUCCGACAGAGGCAGUGGGUGUGGUCUGUAAAGUAGACGGGCUUUACCAGGUGGUAGAGUAUAGUGAGAUCACCCUAGCGACUGCAGAGAAGCGCAGUGCCAGUGGCCGACUUAUGUUCAACGCAGGAAACAUAGCUAAUCACUUCUUCAGCUUCUCUUUCCUCAGAGACGUAGUACAGAAGUAUGAGCCGCAGCUGCAACACCACGUAGCCCAGAAGAAGAUCCCAUAUGUGGACACUCAGGGUCGUCUGAUCAAACCGGAGAAACCAAAUGGCAUUAAAAUGGAAAAAUUUGUCUUUGACAUCUUUCAGUUUGCUAAGACAUUUGUCGUGUUUGAGGCCCUGAGAGAGGACGAGUUCUCCCCGCUGAAAAACGCAGACACUCAGGAUGGAAAGGACACGCCCACCACAGCCAGACACGCCCUCAUGUCCCUGCAUCAUCGCUGGGUUCUAAACGCUGGUGGCCACUUCAUUGAUGAGAAUGGCAGACGUGUGCCUGCCAUACCCAGAGAUGGAGCAGCAGGCCAUGCCACAGAUGUUGGCAACAGAAACUUAAAAGAUGGAACAGACCUGCCAAUCAAAUGUGAGAUCUCUCCGCUGGUGUCUUAUGGAGGAGAGGGUCUUGAAGAACUGGUAAAGGGACGUGAUUUUUGUCCAGCCCUGAUGAUAAACGAGCAUGGAGUCCAUGAGCUGGUGAAGAACGGAGUUUAAUCAUUCGGAGAGGCUGUGAUGAAGAACUACCCAAAGAUAGAUUCAUUUAUGGGGAGAAACUUUGAUGCCAUAAUGUGCAAUAAACAAAUAUUUGAUAUCCAUAAUGAGUGAAACUAAUCACCAUCCAUAUUUCUUCAGUUUGCAUACAUUUUCUUAUUUGUUUUGAGGAGCACUUGAACACAUUGAGAUGUCUAAGAUCAUUAUAGUCUAAGUGCAUAUAUUUAUUUUGUUGAUUUCUUAUUUUAUUUUCUGAUUUAUUUUUUUACAUGUUGAUUUUCAAACCAUGUUUGACAGAUGAAGUGGUCAAAUAUUUUUCUUUGGACUUUGGGGGGUAUUUAUAAUGUCAGCUUUUUUAAAAUCAUUGGAUAUUUGCUAUUGUUUUCUGCUGGAAGAGAUAAUGUAAUUUAUGUUAACUUUAUUAAAUAAUUCUAUUUGGGAAAACAAAAAA